GAUUGGAGCAAAAUAAAAAUAGCAAAUCUCUAAAACUGAAUCGGAUUCAGCAGAGCAGAGCAGCACACACUCUCACACAUCUUGUAGAAGAAGAUGGGGUUACAAGGUCAACUCUCCGAUGUUUCAUCAGAUUCAAUCCCUCUGAUGCUCGUCGCUCUCCUCGCUACUCUUUUCAAACACGUUCGCUCCUUCUUUCUCCGCUUCUCAGCCUCUAAUCCUCAUAUCACCGACGACGACGACCAUGCUACUUCCGUUACUUCAGGACUCGUGAACCUUGUCGUGCUAGCCGACCAGCUCAAACUCAACAGACUCUUCUCCUACAGCUACGUUGACAACGCCGCAUCAGACUGCAUCGUGUGUUUGUCUACGCUAAAGACCGGAGAAGAAGUGAGGAAACUGGAUUGUAGACACGUGUUCCACAAGCACUGUUUGGAAGGUUGGUUACAACAUCUCAAUUUCAGUUGCCCGCUUUGUAGAUCUACGUUGCUUGCACAUGGACAUGGAGAAGGUGAACUGAUCUCUCUUCACUCAGCAGUCACUGCUUCUCAUUGAAUUUUCUCUUUAUGACACAAAAAAGAAAGGAAAGGAAAGAGAGAAGAAGAGUUUGAGGGGUGUGUUUUUGAUCUCGUUGCUUUCUCCUCUUUUCUUUUGGGUAAUUAUUUCUUCAAAAAGGGGAAUUCUCGAAAUUCACUUCUUUAUUUUCGUUUCUUUUUUUUUUUUGAGGAAAUUUCGGACAGGUGGUGAUGUAAAUCUUUAGUAUAUGAGAAGUGUUUUUUGUGUUUAGAUUUGUGUCUUGUUCAGAUUUAUAAAAAUUUAAAGCUAAUUUGUGACA